AUGAACUUGAAUAGUGCAAAUCCGUUGCAAGCCUUCGAAAGAGCAACAGUCCAGCUUAAGUUUUGUCCUAAUCGUGUUUGGGCUGUCGCAGGAGAGGAUCUGCCGAAUUUGCUGCCGCAUGUAGAGACAGAUGACCAUCAUAUCGACCAAAAUAAACACGAGCUGUGCACGUUCGACUUUUGCGAAUAUUCUCGCCGCGACUUCACAUCUGUUCCGCAGCGGUGCGAGUGCGGAAAAAAAGACUGCAGACAAAUUGGAUACCAGUUUCCAAGAAGAAUACUUGACGAAGCUGCGAGAAGUGGCAAAUCAACCGCGUGGAAGCUGAGUGGACAUGUCAUGCUUGAAUCACCACGACCCUUUAUGGCAGUCUCACACGUCUGGUCAGACGGAACUGGCGCCGGUUCUUGGCGAGAGGGAGAAGUCAACGAAUGCCUGUAUAGGUUCUUCCGAGGUAUCGCGGAGGAGUUUGAAUGCGAGGGAAUAUGGUGGGACACGAUCUGUAUUCCACAGGAAAAGGCUGCUCGCACACAAGCUAUACGGCGAAUGCAUAUUAACUACCGGGACGCUCGGAUCACUCUGGUGCAUGACUUAUUUCUCCGAAACUGGGAGUGGGACCCUAAAACUGCAUGUUUCGCCAUUCUCAUGUCACCUUGGUUUAGUCGUGGCUGGACUGCUCUGGAGUUAGCCCAAUCUCCCAAGGUCAAAAUCAUAUUCAAAGGUCCUCAGGGCCCAGUUAUCAAAGAUCUGGAUGAGGAGAUUCUCGCAAAGGAAGAGAGUGGUGAGGAAAUUGAGGAAGAUGAGCACGAAAUACGUCGAAGAAAAGCAUCUCAGAUCGUCCGCAACUUACGGAGGAAAAUCACCUCAGUCAACGCGCUUUUGACCGUGCUAGUCUCACGCUAUACCUCUUGGCCGAAGGAUCUAUCUGUGAUUUCAGCGUUACUAGUGGGUGUUGAACCGCACGAGUCGCAGCAGCACACCUACAUGCGCAUAGUACGGAAAUUAACUCAAGUUUCACCCGGUCACCUGUUCCACAAUGCCGCGACAAUGUCUGGGGGUUCUAGCUGGUGCCCUACGAGUCUAUUUUCAAUGCCUUUGGACAAUAAUCCUCCCUAUAGCCUGAAAUUCUCGGAUACUGGCAUCGAAGGGAAGUGGCGAAUCAUUUCCAUGGAAAAAGCACUUGAAAGAAAUUUCCUGUGGACCGGAUCCCAUCCACUAAUACGGCACCGGAUCCAAGAUACCCUCAAGAAAUACCCCGACCAGUGCUCGCUUUUAGCCGAGUGUGGUAGCGGACUCGCUCAGAGAGCCUUGCUGGUGAGGAUUCUUUCACAGGCAGAAGAAACUUGUAAGCCCACUCGCUGUCAAUACAUCGGUGCGAUUCACCUCCGUAAUGAGAUGGCAUUUGAAAAAGUCGAUGAAAUAGUGAUCGUUCACUCCGAUGGCUUUGUGUCGGAACAGGAAGAACAGAAACCCACAACCUUUGAAGAGAAGACCAGCGAAGCUCUAAGGCAAGCAAUAUGGAGAAAGGAUUACGUCGUAUUCAUAGAGCUGGCUGGGCAAGUUGACUUGAAUGACCCUGAUGAACUCGGGCGGCGGCCACUAGCUCUUGCUGCAGAACGUGGACAAGACCAAAUGGCUCUGUUCAAGUGGUGGAGUUUCUCAAGGACAGAGUCGACCAAAUGGCGAGACAAAAACGGCGAUACGGCAUUGCACAUAGCCGCUCGUAUGGGGUUUUUCUUCGUUACGAAGACUCUUAUCAAUGAUCGCACCAUCAAUGCACAAGGCUCUAACAACCUGACACCACUCCAUGUCGCAUCGAUGAAUGGAGACUUAGAAUUGAUCAGCCUGCUCAAAGAUGCCAAUGUCACUAGCAAGGAUAGCAAGUUUGGCUGGACCCCGCUGCAUUGUGCUGCAGAUAGUGGAAAUCAACAGUUGGUGAAAUCUUUGAUCGACCGCGGGGCGCAGGUGGACGUGCAAGACCAUUAUCUCGGUUGGACACCACUACAUUUUGCGGCAAUAAACGGACAUGCAGCGGUGGUAGAUAUCCUGCUUUGUUUUGCCGCCAAUGUCAACGUCGAAGAUAAAUACGGAUGGACACCUCAACGGUUCGCUGAGGCAAAUGAACAUGCGCCGGUAGUUAAGCUGCUAAAGCGCAAUGACGCCCAUAUCCCCACCCGUGCCGCCGAGGCCCUUCCGAAUGGAGACUGCUGGACAUUUCAGCACUGCAUGGCUAUAAAUAAUGAACGAGGCUUGAUCAAGAGAUUGUUCAUCAGCGAUAGUGAGCUCUCUUUUGAUAGGAGUGCUCCCUACGCUCCAAUUCAGCUUGCAGCUGCGAACGGGCUAGAGACCACGAUGCGCAAAAUGCUCCGCAAUGGCACCAGUUCUAUCACAGCUCUGACGUGUGAAGGUGACACUCCACUACAUUGGGCAGCACGACACGGCUAUGAGACUCUGACGCGCAUGCUACUGAAGAUAGACGUAGAUAUUGACAAGGAUGCCAAAAAUCAUGCUACUCUAACGCCUCUGCACUGCGCUACCGAAGAAGGACAUGCGGCUACCGUCCGUCUGCUGCUCGAGGCGGGCGCUGACAACGACGCCAAAAACAGAUGGGGUGAAACACCACUACAUGAAGCUGCUGAUGGAGGAUACGAGGCUACCAUUCGUGUACUCCUUGAGGCCGGCGUCAACGUGCAGGCUACGAAUAACCAUGAUCAAACACCCUUGCAUUACGCUGUCGAGCAACGACACGGGGCUAUCGUGUCUGUACUGCUAAAUGCUGGCGCAGAAAACUUGAAGGAGGCCAAAACUUCCAAUGGUCAAACACCGUUACAUGACGCUGCUCUCAGGGGAUACGAGGAUAUCGUGCGUCUAAUGCUUGAGGCGGGCGUCGACAAGGAGGCCAAAAACAAAUUUGGUGGAACUCCGUUGCAUUGCGCCGCUAGUCAAGGACACGAGGCUAUCGUACGUCUGCUGCUUGAAGCUGGUUCCGACAAGGAUGCUAAAAACAGGUUUGGUUCAACACCAUUACAUGAGGCUGCUUCCAAGGGAUACGAGGAUAUCGUGCGUCUAAUGCUUGAGGCGGGCGUCAACAAGGAGACCAAGAAAGAUUCUGGUGAAACUCCAUUACAUGAAGCUGCUCGUUAUGGACACGAGGCUGUCGCUCGUCUGCUGCUAAAAGCUGGUUCCGACAAGGAUGCCAAAAGUGAGGUUGGUUUAACACCAUUACAUGAAGCUGCUCGAGCUGGGCGUAAGGCUACCGUGCGUCUACUACUUAAGACAGGUGCCGACAAAGACGCCAAAAACAGAUGGGGUGAAACACCAUUACAUGAAGCUGCUGGUCAUGGACACGAGGCUAUCGUGCGUCUACUGCUAAAGGCUGGUUCCGACAAGGAUGCUAAAAGUAAGGUUGGUUUAACACCAUUACAUCUCGCUGCUCGGACUGGGUGUCAGGCUACCGUGCGUCUGCUGCUUGAGGCAGGUGUCGACAAAGAGGCCAAAAAAAAUUCUGGUAAAACUCCAUUACAUGAAGCUGCUGGUCAUGGACACGAGGCUAUCCUGCAUCUGCUGCUAGAGGCUGGUGCAUACAAGGAGCCCAAAGAUAAUAAUGGUCGAUCGCCGCUGCAUCAUGCUGCUGGGGCAAAGUAUAUGAGGGCUGAGGUGCAUGAACGAUAUUUGGCUAUCGUGCGCCUGUUGCUCGAGGUGGGCGUCAACAAGGAAAUAGAAAGCAAUGAUGGUCAAACACCGCUGCAGGAGGCAGCUGCAGCAGGGAAUGAGACAUUUGUAGCGCUGCUCCAAGAGGUGGUGCCAACAGGGAGACCGAAUACUCCAGAACCCAAGGCCUCGGAAAGUCCAGUACAAUAA